AUGGGUAACACAUUGACUUUUGAUAAUGAAGAACAACUAGUAUUAUUGACAAAUAAUUCAAAUUCGAUAUCGCCACUGAAAAGAUCGCAUUCUAAUUUGGACUUAAAAAGUGGUUUAUCAUCUAGAACAAAUUCUUUACAAUGUAUAACUAACUAUAAAAUUGAAAACUCUAUAUCUAAUAUAAUUUGUAAAAUCUCAGAAAGGAUACUAAAGACUAAUGGCAUUAUUUACUUCUUUUCUAAGGUGGAGAAAAAAGAAAUAGAUUUGAAUCAAGGUGAUCAAGAUAUUUUAUACGAACCCAAUUAUAUUUUUGAAACGCUGGACCUUAUGGAAAAUAGAGCUCAGCGUGAAGUGAACAUCAUUGAAACUAGUGUUCAAAGUUUGAAGAUUGAAAAAAGUAAAGAAGCGCAAGGAAACUUUAAUCGUGAAAUUUCCUUUGAGUUCGAAAAAAAAGAAUCAAUUGAAAGUUCUGAAAUUUCGAAGUCUGAUAUUGAUUCGAAUUUCACACAAAAUUCAGCUUCGAUUUUUGGAAAUAAUACAUCGAAUGUUCCAAAAAGUAUUUGUGUAACAAGUAAAAAAUUUAUCAUAUUUGGAAAUAAAAAUAACCACAAGCCGUUUUUAAGUCCUGGAAUUAUUGAUUUAUUUUUGCCAUAUAUUUUGGAUGAGACGUUACUUUCUUGUUUCCUAGUUUGUCCACACUGGCUACUUACGAUAUCGGAAUUCAUAAAUGAAAAAUACUGUAUAUCAAUUGAUGAUCAAUUUAAAGAAACUUAUGGAAAAUAUCUUGAUUUAGAACAUUCAACUAUUACUAUACAACCCGUUCUAACUGUUGGGGGUAGUGUACGGAUAGAUAGAGUUUUAUAUGCCAAAGUAUUGAAAAGUUGCAUAAAUAAAACUACUUGCCUUUCUUACAGCUUCAAAUAUAAAAGUAAUUCUCAAAUAAAAGAUGUCUUAAAAAAGGAGGGACUAUUGCCUCAAAAAAAUUUGGUUGGCCCAAUAAUACAACCAUUAAUUAAUAAUCCUAACUCUUGUUCUCAAAUCGCGGACACUCCAUUUAUUUCUUGCUAUAAAUUUGUGACAAAUAAAAUUGGUACUAAAAGAAUACAAUGGGCACACAAGGAUUUGUCUAGAUGCCAUUGUGAGGAAUUUAUUGUUGCUCAAACAACAACUAAGUCAAAUGUUAAUGUUGGGGAUCGUAUUGAAAUCGCAAUAAAUUUUAGUAAUUCAUUUGGAAUUGUUGAUAUCGAAUCAAUUCGUUUCCUGCCAAUACAAUUUGAAACGAUUACUCCUGAAAAGUGUGAAAUCGAAGAUAUAUAUACUUCUGGAACGGAUUGGAGAUUCUAUACUAGUGAAGAUGGAGAGAUUACUGAAUGUUUUGAUAUUCCGAAUCUACUACCACAAUUUAAAGUAAUAUCACUGGAAUAUGCAGGGACCGAUAUAAUUACAUGUAAAAUUACGUAUAAAGCUAUAAGUUCAGGAGAUUUAGCUAAUUCUAAAGAACACUUUGGAGUUGACAUAUCUGUUGUACCGAGAGAAUAUUCUAUUAUUUCUGCAUUGAAGAGAAAAGGGCUUCAACAUGAUAGAUAUAGCCCACUUCAAAUGAGAGUUGAUGAUCAACUAGUUCUUUACAUUUCGAAAGGUGGAGCAAUACCUACUUAG